AUGCCCACACUUUCUUCCAAGACGCAUGGGGCGCUUACCUUGCUUCUUGUUCGAGACCCUGCGAGGAAGAGACUGAGAACUACACCAGAGGCUACGGCGGCAGCUCUAGCUGCGGUGGAGAGCACCCCUCUUCUUUCCUUUGGAACCCCAACCGCACUCAUUGGGACCGGGUCGUCUUGUCCGGGAGCCAUGUGGCUCUCCACUGCCACUGGCUCGCGGUCACACUCCGAGUCCGAUGAGGAGGACCUUCCCGUCGGCGAGGAAGUCUGCAAACACGGAUACCUUCGGAAGCAGAAGCAUGGGCACAGGCGCUACUUCGUACUCAAACUGGAGACCGCAGAUGCCCCAGCUCGGCUGGAAUACUAUGAAAAUGCCAGGAAGUUCCGGCACAGUGUUCGCGCUGCAGCGGCUGCAGCAGCGGCUGCCGCCUCAGGAGCCGCGGUCCCCGCGCACAUUCCACCUCGGCGGGUGAUCACCCUCUACCAGUGCUUCUCUGUGAGCCAGCGAGCCGACUCAAGGUACCAACACCUCAUCGCUCUUUUCACCCAGGACGAGUACUUCGCUAUGGUAGCAGAGAAUGAGUCGGAGCAAGAGAGCUGGUACUUGCUGCUCAGCCGCCUCAUCCUCCAGAGCAAACGCCACCACUAUGGCACGCCAGGCGCUCAGCCAAGUGGAGAGCCGGCGGUGCUGGUGGCCACAGCGGUAGUGGAGCCACCCUUCUACAAAGAUGUGUGGCAAGUAAUAGUCAAACCCAGGGGCCUGGGGCAUAGAAAAGAGCUGAGCGGCGUGUUCCGACUCUGUCUUACUGAUGAGGAGGUUGUGUUUGUGAGGCUGAAUACCGAAGUGGCAAGCGUGGUUGUCCAGCUCCUGAGCAUCCGUCGCUGUGGGCACUCCGAACAGUAUUUCUUCUUAGAAGUAGGCAGGUCCACAGUCAUCGGUCCAGGGGAACUCUGGAUGCAGGUUGAUGACUGUGUAGUGGCUCAAAACAUGCAUGAGCUCUUUUUGGAGAAGAUGAGAGCCUUGUGUGCAGACGAAUACAGAGCCCGCUGCCGCAGCUACAGCGUCGGCAUCGGGGCCCACCUGUUAACCCUGCUGUCCACUAGGAGGCACCUGGACAUGAUGCCGCUCGAGCCUGGUGGCUGGCUCAGAAGGUCCCGCUUCGAUCACUUUUGCCAUCUCAGGGCCAUCGGUGACAGGGAAGAUGAGAUGCUCCUCACCAGGUGCUAUAUAACACCCCGCGAGCCUCUGCCCCACUCCAGGGGAAGAAAACUGCACCCGCCCAAACCGCGCAGGUCAAGAAGACCAAUUUCAGCGCCAGCCAGCUGUUUUCGGCGCCUAUCAACCAGUCCGGUGCUUUCCCCGCAUCCUGCAGAAGCCCCCAGCGACAGAGCUUGCCUGUUUUUUAAAACAUCUGAUUCUGAUUCUGGCAGCUCUAUGGGAAAAGGCAAUCCUCAAGACCAAGAGGGUCAGGAAGGAAACACAGGCAACUACGUGCCCAUGAGCAUCUGGGGCUCAAGAGGUGGCCAGGGCUCAAGUGGCCAAAGCUCAGGAGGAAACCAGUGCUUAGGCAGGGGGCAGGACUCAAGUGGUGGCCAGAUUUCAACUAGCACAUGCUCAGGGAGCCAGGGUGCAGGAGGAAACCAGUGCUCAGGAGAUGGCCAGGGCCCCACAAGUGGGCAUAGUUCAGGCAGUGGCCAGGGAACCAGUGGUGGGCAUGGCUCAGGUGGUGGCAUGAAGUCUGGAGGGAGCAAAAGCUCAGGAAGUGGGAAUGGCUCCGAUGGCAAUGGUGAACAUAAAAAAUCUCUGAAGAAACUAUCUUAUUUUGGCAAAAUUAUUCAAAGCAAGCAACAGCAAAUGCCACCACCUCCACCCCCAUCUCCAUCCCAACCGGCUGGACCAACUGGUGGAAAAGGGAAAUCUGGGGGAAGAUUCCGACUUUACUUUUGUGCUGACAGAGCAGCCUCGAAAGAACACAAAGUAGCCAAAGAAGUCAAAUAUGCAGAGACCCCAGGAGAUGCAGCUCGCAGUCUCCAGAGAGCCAGAGCUUCUGCUGAAGAUGAGGAAAACCCAUAUGUGCCAAUGAGGCCAGGGGUGGCUGCCCCUGUUGAAAACUUUAGUUAUUAUAUGCCAAUGGCUCCUCAAAAGAUUUAUACUUCAAGAAAGUUCCAGUCUCAACCCUCUUUUGAAGAUUCAAGAGGGUACAUGAUGAUGUUUCCCAGAGUGAGCCCACCACUUGCCUCAAGUCCUCCAAAAAUACCUGAUCCUGAUAAAGAGGAUGACUCUAAAGACAACGAGAGUGACAGUGAUUACAUGUUUAUGGCUCCUGGAGCCGGUGCAAUUCCAAAAAACCCUAGAAAUCCUGAGGGAGGCUUUUCCUCCAAAAGUUGCAGCUCCUGCUUCUCUCUGCCAAAUCCUUUUCGUAGCUCCCUGUUGGAACAGAGUGACCACAGUGAGUAUGUGCCGGUGUUAUCUGGAAAACUUCUGGGGAAGGGCCUAGAUAAAGAAGCAUCAUCUAUCGGGGGCCCCAGAUAUGCAACUUCAAAGCCUUCCACUGAAGGCUUUGAAGCUGCCCUUCAGUCAUUCUCAAAACCUGGAGAUGGGGGGUCACCUUCAAAGUCUUUAGAUGAUGGGUCCCCCAAGGACAAGGCUAAGAGACCAAACCAACUUUCUUUUAUUACAAAAGGAAAUAAAAUCAAGCCAAAACCACAAAAGCCCACAUGUGAGCAGAGAGAGGCUGACAAAUUUAGUGACUGUGUCAACAUUGACUUCACUAAAAGAAGUAGCAAUAUGCCGGCCCCUUUUACUCAAGGACUGCCACAUUCGUGGGGCAUAAUUGCUAACUUCAGACAGUCAGCCUUUUCUCAUUACACAAAUCUUGAGUUCAGAGUGCCAUUGCAAAAUCCAGCAAACAUCGCGUCAAAUAUUUUAAGAGCUAUUCCAGGUGCCAACCGCUUCUCUCUGGACGGUGCUAGGUGGCCACUUCUGCCUCUUUUUACCAGUGCUACAGGUAGCAGUGCUAAUGAGGAAGGGUGUGAGUACAUUGAAGUUAUGUUCAACCCAGCAAUGACACCAGCCUUGCCUUUUGCUGAGCAUGCCAUUCGCUAUGAUGCCGAAACAGGUCGAAUCUAUGUGGUUGACCCAUUUUCUGAGUGCUGUAUGGACAUUUCCCUCUCCCCUAGCCACUGCUCUGAACUACCACCUGUAGCUAGGCUACUGCAGGAAGAAGAGCUAGCGAGAAGGCACCCACAAAACCAUUCGCAAACUUUCUUUGCUUCUGCCAGAGCCCCUGUCUCGGCUUUCCCAACCAAGCUCCUGGAGAGAGACCUGUAUACCUCCUUAGCCUCAGCCGCCGCUAUGGUCCUUACUCCAACCUUAGCUGUGGGCUGUGCUUUAGCCCCUGCCUCCGCCCUCGCUUUAGCUCCGGGCUUAGGCGCAGCCGUGGAGGGCUUCCAGGCUGACGCUGGAUUUAACUUUGCUUAUGUCCGCUGGUUCCAACCUGUUGCUAAUACUGCUGGUGCUGAAGCAGUAAGGGGUGCCCAGGUUGUUGCCGGUAGCUCGAGCCCUAGAGCCCCAAACCCAGCUGCAGAUCUUGCUGGAGGUGAGAAGGAGGCUGGUGGGGCUACCGCUGCAGCUGCAGCUGCAGCUCGCACCCCACCACCCCACUGCCGAGUGCCGAGAGCCCCCGAGAGAGAAAAUUCUGACGACAACAACAUUUACAUGAGAAAUGACUUUGCCAGACCCCAGGACAAGUAGUUCGACUCUCCGUAA